AUGGCAGCCUCAACAAUCAAACAACCAGAUGUUCAACAAGUCCUAGGAAAUUUGCUACCCUCACUACCAGCUGCCGCUUUAUCAGCCCAACCAGCUGAAAAUGUCCUCCCGCUUCUUUCUCCCAUUCUUAGGCAGCGAGUCCAACUUUUGUCAACCGCUAGUUCAGACCCAUGGAUUCGGCUAUUAUGUUAUGAGCCUGGCAAUGUGCCCAAGUUAACAGAGAUCGCCCAGGGCGAUCGGCUAGAACCGCACCCCGUUUCUGGCGAGGUGGAGGUCGAUUGGGAAUAUGACACGGAAAUUCGCUACAGGCGGGUAGACGAGGAAACCCUUCAAGCGCUCGUGAUACUCAAGGACCUCGGAUUAUCUUUCCGCUUAGUUUAUUGCGUCGGGGACCCUGCAGGCGGAGAUGGUUGGAAAGUCGGCGAAGUCAACGUCGUUGAGAAGCCAUAUCCGUUCUCAUCGUUUGGUGGUGUUUCGGAUAUUAGCGAAGCCGAAAGACAGUUUAAUGAGGCUAAGUCUAAACCAGCUCAGAGUAACGGCCUUACAAACAACCAAAGCGCUCCGGUUAUAGAAGAUGAUGACGAUGAUGAUGAUUACUGGGCAAGAUACGAUGCGACACCGGCGAGGACUCCUGCUAUCAAAAGGUCACCUGCCCCACAAUCCAACCAUGGUGUCAGCACAACAGCGGAAGACGCUUACUACGCCCAAUAUGACGAUGUCCAGCCAGCUAUGGAUAACCAUGACCCGGACGAGGAGGCAAACUAUGAGAUAGCACCGCCCUUAGGCAUGAGUGCUAAACCAAGCAACGGCAGCGAGGUGGAAGAAGUAGAAAUCAACGAAACUCAGGGGACAUGGACACUUGCUCCUAGACCCAAGUCACCGUCUACACACUCGAGAAGCGGCGACGAUCCUACCAUAGUUCAUCCUUAUCCGAGGCCUGCGUCGAGCACUGGGUCGAACGCUUCGGUUGAGAAGCUCGAGGCGGCGGCAGCGAAACAAGAACAGAACGACUUCGGCGUUAAGCAGCACGUAUCUCGAAGCAUCAAGAGCUUGUUCUUAUUAUCCCGUGCAUCAGGUAUUGAUCGCGAGGAAUUCGAACGGCUAGUGAAGACGGAGCUUGAUAUGUUAGGACUUAUGGAAGAAUGA